GCAGAACUUCCUCUCCUUUUGUGGGAUUUAGACGCUUGCAGACUUGUUUUAAGAGUUUCAUAUUUAGUAUUUUAGUGGAAAAUGUGGAGACUUGCGGUGUUUUUUUUGUUAAGUGUAUUCUGCGGCAGAUGUACAAUUUUAGCUGACAGUGAGACAGAAGCAAUUCGUGAUAAUGGGGAUUACGGACGUAAAUGUAAUUGCCGUUGUGGUGAGCGCAACGAGGCUUCACGUAUCACCGGGGGAGUGGAGACAACUGUGAAUGAGUUCCCCUGGGUGACAAGACUUUCAUACUUCAACAAGUUUUACUGCGGAGGUACUCUUGUCAACGACAGAUUCGUGUUGACCGCUGCACAUUGCACAAAAGGUUUCAUGUGGUUUAUGAUCAAAGUGACCCUCGGCGAGCACAACCGUUGCAAUAAAACACAUCGACCUGAAACACGCUUUAUAGUGCAGCUUUUGUCACACAACUUUACAUUCUCUACCUUCAAAGAUGACAUCGCGUUGUUGAAGAUGAAUGAGAGGGUAGAGGUUUCGGAUACCGUGAAGCCAGUUUGCUUACCGCAUAAUGAUGAGAGUACGUAUGAAGCAGUGAGAGCGAUUGCUGCUGGCUGGGGUUCUGUAGGCGAAUCAAAGAAUCGUUCCUGUAAUUUAUUGGAAGUGGAACUGCCUAUUCUGAGUAAUGCGGAAUGUAAAAAAACCAAAUACGAACCAUCAAUGAUUCUAGAUGAUAUGUUAUGUGCCGGCUAUCCUGAAAAAGGAAUGAAGGAUACUUGUCAGGGAGACAGUGGCGGUCCUUUGUCAGCUGAAAGAAAAGAUAAACGAUAUGAACUUGUUGGUAUCGUUUCCUGGGGCAUCGGGUGCGGCCGACCCGGUUAUCCGGGAGUAUAUACCAGAGUCUCUAAAUAUUUGUACUGGAUCAGACACAAUUCUAGAAGUGGCUGUUUCUGCAGUGAUUAAAGUCUUCAUAUAUAACCUUUUGUUAUUCACAGUAAUAUUUAAUAUAAUUAUUAGCAAUUUAUUACUAUGUUUAUUUAAAAAAAUGAAGAGGAAUUACUUAUAUCUUGUUAAUAACCAAACAUUUUAGUGCGUCCUGAUUGUAAUUAGCAGAAGCUUGAUUUUUGUAAUGGAUGUUGAUGGAAAAUGCAAUUUUAUUUACAGAAAAUAAGGUCCAAAUUUAUUGCUGCAAACGUGACAGAUAUUAUUGUUUGUUCUAUUAUUUUCGAGCAUUUAAAAUGGGAAUCGAGUUAGUUCUGGCCAUUAUAUUAUUACAUUGGUUAACGAAGUUGUGAUAAGGCCAGUUAAAAUAUGAAACGGUUAUUAAACAAAUAAUGAAUUACAAAUCGUUUAAUUAAGAAAUAAAUACGAUACGACUAAAACAUUAAACAAAUAUAAAAAUACAAAAUUAUUA